CGGCCAGUGGGGCGCGGGGACAUGUUUCAAAGGGACCGGGCUUUACGCUUCAGGAGGACAAAGCGCCAACCAUGUCCAGGUUUCAUAGUCACAACUCCCUGUCAUCUUUAUCUAAAAGGCAACUAUUGUGUUUUCUCAAUUUACCUUGUCGCUUUUUGUGCGCACUGAUAGAAAAGCUUUUGACCGCUUCACGUGGAGCGUAGUGUCGGCGUUCCUCUUGCCGCGCCCCGGCCACUUUUUAUUCGCUAGAACCCGAGACGUCGCCACAAACCCGCGGUCUUCCCGCGAGAACACUACCCCUUACCGAGAACACGACGGGCAAGAAAUCAUCGUUAAUUUAUUUGUAAAUAAACGGCUGGAGGGGAACACCUCGAGGGGAGAGCGGAUGACCGGAGGGCAGCAGGGCUAGCCUAGAUUGUUGUCGUCAUCGCAAGGACAGGACUCCCGAUCCAGAACUCCCAGUGACUCUGCUUGGUUGUAGACUAUGGCGGACAUGACAAUUGUUGGACUUCUUCUGGUCGUUGUCGGAGUGACGGUUGACCAUGCCGCCGUGGCGCAGCGGGACGAGAGCGAGUCUAUCGAGCUGGACCUGCGCGAGGGGCAGGUGUACGGCGGGAGCGACUACAUCACCGUGCUGACGGGCCCGAGCUACGGCAGCCGGGCGGGCUGUGACAGCCAGGCCGUGGUCAGGGUGGACUUCUCGGGCCCGUACAAGUCGGCGCGCUUCGUCUUGCAGUACAACGACCAGCCCCGCCUGUGGACGUUCGACGUGUCGGACUCCCCGGCCGCGGACGGGUACGGAGGAGACCCGGGGCUCACGUCCAACAUGGCGGAGACGCAGAUCUUCAACAAGCAGAUGCGCGUGUACAGUAACAACCUGCCGGGCUACAUGGACGCCACUAUUGAUGGAGACUUGUUGAUUCGUAUUGAAGACGACAUCAUAGACAGAAACUCCCGACUGAGUCUGGAGAUCAGCGAUGAGCGGCUGGAGUGGAACCGGAUCGGCUCCAAGAAGAAAGGUUACAUCAACAGCCAGUUCCUCUACACCCUGAGCGGACAGAGACCCAUGUACGGGGAGGUGGACUAUUACAUCUAUGCCGGAUUCAACCGCGUGCCGUCGGGGACGUUCCGUUCCGGAUCCGGCCUGUGCAAGGCGUCCGUCAUCCUCCUGAAAGCAAAAGAUGUGGAUGAGUGUAUGGAGGGCACGCAUGACUGCCAUCCUAACGCAACAUGCAGUAAUACACCAAAAUCAUUCCGCUGCCAAUGUAGACAGGGAUACGUGGGCAAUGGUAGACAUUGUGAAGAUGAGGACGAGUGUGCAGUGAAUAACGGGGGCUGUGUACACGAGUGUACCAACACGCAAGGGAACUACCGCUGUGACUGCUACGAUGGAUUCAUGUUGCACGACGAUGGACACAACUGUAUCGAUGUGGAUGAGUGUGCAGUAAACCGCGGCGGUUGUCAGCAGAUCUGUCUGAACAACAUGGGGAGUUAUGAGUGCCUGUGUAGUGCAGACUUCGUCCUGAGCGACAACGGCCACACCUGUAUCAGUAACAAAGGUAGUGGGAACUGUAAGAAGCAGGAACAUGGCUGUGCCCACAUCUGCCAGGAGACCAACAGGGGAACCAUCUGCCAAUGCAGGCCUGGCUUUGAACUAGCUCCCAACAGGAAGGACUGUAUAGUGACAUGUUCCCAUGGAAAUGGAGGCUGUCAGCAUGAGUGCCAGGAUACAGACAAUGGUCCCGUCUGCACCUGUCACCUCAACUAUCUCCUGGCCUCUGAUGGCAAGACUUGUAUAGGUGAGUCUGAGACGUGUGCUGUGAAUAAUGGGGGCUGUGACCGGCAGUGUAAAGACACGCAGAGCGGCGUACGCUGCAGCUGUCCUGAUGGAUUCACCUUGCAGCCAGAUGGGAAGAAGUGUCUAGAUGUUGAUGAGUGCCGUAUCAGCAACGGUGGCUGUGAUCACGACUGUAGAAACACAGUGGGCAGCUUCACCUGCUCCUGCCACAAGGGGUUCAAGCUGCUCACCGAUGAGAGAACCUGCAUAGAUAUAGACGAGUGUUCCAUCAACGGCACGUGUGACCACACCUGUAAGAACACCCAGGGUAGUUUUGGGUGCUUCUGUAACCGAGGUUACCAGGCCUAUGGCAUCACGCACUGUGGAGAUAUUGAUGAAUGUUCGAUAAACAACGGUGGCUGUCUCCAUAACUGUAAGAACCACUUGGGGCACUACGAGUGUACCUGUCGAGCUGGAUAUAAGCUCCACCCCAACAAAAAAGACUGCAUAGAAGCUGAGAUGUGUAUACCCCUGAAGGCACCUGCCAAGGCGGUCCUCACCUGUAACAAGGUGGGAGACAAGGAGACGUGUGGUCUGACCUGUAAGACCAGCGCACACUUCUCCUCCGAGUCAGAGGACACCUACACUUACAGCUGUGGCAGUGACACUGAGUACGAGUGGACACACGAGAAGGUCAACGCUACCAUGCCCAGCUGCUCAGAGCAUGUUAAUGCCCCGAGCCUGAAGAGAAAAGCACAGUUUAAGUUCUCGGCAGACAAAUGCCGACUGAGAAGAAGACACAGAGAACGGUUCCAGGACAACUUUAGCAGGGCGUUAUCAACUCAUGAGUUGUCCUCUCUAACUGGUUUGUCCUACUCAGAGAUAGUGUCCCUCUCUCACAUGGCAGAGCAAAGAAGGUACCCUUGUACAGAGCUAUGUCAGGUAAACUAUGUCAACCUUCGUUGUGGCAACCGCCCUACACGCACCCGCCGCGCUAAAAAACGCCGUGGGAGGAGACGGAAGGGCAGGCGCCUGGAGGCCGAGGGUCAGUCUGGGUCGGUCAUUGUGGCCGAGUUUGAACUGCAGAUGAACCCAGAGGAACCUACGGAUAAGUGUGAUGUGAACUGUGUCCGUAGAAGAACAGAAAAGAAGCUGAGAAGAACAGUCAACACCUUGAGGAAAUCCAUCAAUAGGGAACAGUUCUUUGUCAGGUUUGCAGGGACAGACUAUGAGGUGAUGAGAAGGUCGUUGAAGGCUGACCGAGGAGUGGAGUCCAUCUGCACCCUGGGACAGAUCAUGGUGGGAGACAAGUGCAUCAGCUGCAGUGUCGGCUCCUACUUCAACAUGGAGAGUGGCCGCUGUGAAAAGUGCCCGUCUGGCACGUACCAGGAUGAGGAGGGGCAGCUGACCUGCCAGCCCUGCCCCAGUGAAGGAAGUCGGUCUGCAACUGGCAUUGUGGGAGCAAGAAAUGUCACCGAAUGUGGAGUUCUAUACCACACCAUCCUAGGCCAGUGUUCCCCAGGCCACUUCAGCUGGGAUGGUUUUGUGCCGUGUAUUCCCUGUGAGCUGGGCACGUUCCAGCCUGACCCCGGUCGUACCUCCUGCUUCUCGUGCGGGGGAGGGGUCGUAACCAUCAGCGACGGGGCAACCAGUUUUGAGCACUGCGUCGUUCGUGAAUCCUGUUCAGCAGGUCAGUACUACAAUGUCCAGGCUGGGUCAUGUCAGCGCUGUCCACACGGCUUCUACCAGCCCAGAGUGGGGCAGAACUUCUGUGUGCGCUGUCCAGGCAACACCACCACGGACUUCGAUGGUUCCACUAAUGAAAAUGAGUGCAAAGACAGAACCUGUGGAGGAGAGAUUGGAGACUUCAUGGGGUACAUCCAGUCACCAAACUACCCCGGGAACUACCCGUCCAACGUGGAGUGUACCUGGCACAUCGUCCCGCCCAAGGGCAGGCGGAUCCUGGUGGUGGUGCCGGAGAUCUACCUGCCCGCAAAGGACGACUGCGGGGACGUGCUCGUCAUGAGGAAGGGAGCCUCACCUUAUUCUGUCACCACCUACGAGACCUGUCAGACAUACGACAGGCCGAUCGCCUUCACUUCACGGUCGCGGAAGCUGUGGAUUCAGUUCAAGUCCAACGAGCUCAACAGCCAGAAGGGCUUCCAAGUGCCAUACGUCACCUACGAUGAAAAUUAUCAAGACCUGAUUGAGGACAUUGUGCGAGAUGGCAGGCUGUAUGCAUCCGACCAUCACCAGGAGAUACUUAAAGACAAAAAGCUGGUGAAGGCACUGUUAGAUGUGAUUGCAGAACCUGUGAAUUAUUUCAAAUAUACAGCUUCCCAAGCAAGGGCCAUGUUCCCACAAUCCCUUAUCAACUUCCUGAGGUCAAAGGUUGCCAGAUUCUUCAGAAUGUAGAAGUUUGUUGUAGUUCUUGUUGAAAGAAAAUCAGAUGUUGUUGCUACAUUUUUGUGAAAAGUGUAGAUUUAUGUCAUUUUGGGGGGUAUCAAAGUACAUGGAGUCUGACAGUAGAUUGACUGUCUAUCACAAUUAACAGUUCAACCAAUGGUAGCAUGGCAGUUAUAAAUGACUGCAUGUCCAUUGCUACCUUUUGACAGAGGUGGGCGGGGCUAUGGGAGUGAUCUAUUUAUUAGUAACAAACUGGAAUUAUACAUGAUUUUAACACUUUUAACGAGUGGCAACAAUAGUACAUGUGUACAUGAUCAGUUUUUGGUGAACCGUUUACACAGAAUGUUGUGCGAUGGCUUGAAAUAGGAUACUUCUUAUUUGAUGCAGCACAUGAAUUUUGUGAGAGUAUGGAAGGAGUUUUGUGUUCUUUUUGUGAGAUUCUGCAGUGAUAUUGGGAGUGGAAACAUGGCCAACAUAGUGAUAGUACACGUGUGAAUAAGCAGAUUCUUUAUUUAGAGCCUUUUCUGAUUAACCAAAACAUUACAGGCAAAUAUGUAGGCUUUUAAUACGUACUGACAUGUACCAAUUAUUAGAUUUGAAGCAUUAUAGUAAAAUAGGUGGUCAGGUGUGACCCUAUACCAGUGUUGCAAAUGGUGCAGUAAGUGUAUUAUUUUUGUAGAAAUAAGGAAUUUGUAGAAGGUUUGUUUCAAGUUGCAAAUAUUUAGGCUUGUUGUUGGGAAGAGGAUAACUGUUGGGUGUAUGACUAUAUGUGGAACAAUUUUAACAUCAACAGUCUCACUAACAUUAUUUUGUAUAAUACAAAAAGUUAUUUUUAUCGUGAUUUUAUAUCAAUGCAAGGGAAGACUGUAAAAGUGUACAGAAGUGAAUGUAACCACACUAUUGUAGUAUUUUCAAGCUGUAUGUGAAUGAAAAGGGGUGACCAUUAGAAAUUAGCUGCGCAUAAGUUUGUGGUUGAUGUCAGAAGUACAUUUUGUACUUGUUCAAAUUUCCAACAAUUUGCAAGAGUAUGUUCACAGAACAUCCAGAAUGGAAUAUUGAAAACAAAAAAAAAACACAUUUUCUUAAGAUGAGACAUCAAAAGACAUUUGAAUAAGUUUAAAAAAUGUUUUUCUAACAUCUAAAAAACACUGCUCUCCCUGCAAAUGUACAUGUAUUAACAUCCAUCCCACAGUAGUGAUUCUACAGCACUGUGGGCACUGAUGCAUUUAACAAUGUCACAUGUUUAAAGAAGGCCAUAUGCAUACAUGAAUGAAACCUGGCAUUUGAAAAAGAGUAAAAGAAAGGCUAAUCUUGACCAGCUUAAACUCUAUUUGAUGAAAACUAUGGCCUUUAUACGGUGAAUGUGUAUUGUGCCCAAGGUGAGUUGUGCAUCUUAGGUGGCAAUUUGGAGGAAACUAAAUGUGUAUGCCCCAACAAGCUUGUUAUUUUAAUGUUUGCAUAGAUUUGCACUUGAUGUAGAAAUCUUUUAUGUGGGAAAGUGCUUGAGUUGAGGUAUUUUGAGAGUGUAUCUUAGUUAGUCUAUUAUAUUUCUUCUUCCCUAUGCUUGAGAGUUUAUUGUCUCUUUUUGUGAUGCACUCAAAAGUGCAACUCUGAGAUGUAAUUGAUGUAUUAUACAUGGUAGUUGUUACACACACAUGUAAGGGCUCCAACUAUGCUUUGAGGUGAUGGUCUAAAUGUUUUGUUAUUUUGUCACAUCCAUUACAUGCCCAUAUACAUGUAUACAGAGUAAAAACAUUUACUAGGUUUCUUCCAAAAAUAAUGUAGGUUGUGGUAAUAGCUUGAUUAGUUUAUGCCAUUCUAUACUGUAUUGUCUAUCACAGUUUAGACCAACAGUGUUCCAUUAUUAAAGUAUGUAUGUGAUCAGAUUUAACGUGAGAACCAAGAGAGAGAUGUCAUUUCACUUUCGUGUUGGACCAUGCAGCUUUUUCUAUGGUACACUGAUAUGUUUAUUUAAGAAUGUAGUAGUGCACUGAGGGUGUGUUAGUAACACUAACACACAACCCAGCAAAACAGGCACCAUAUCAUUUAAUAAAUUGUUUUUAAAUCUGUCAGCUUUCAUUAAACAGGACAAAAGUAAGUUCAGCAUAGAAGAAAGAGUCAACAUAGGUUUAACAUCAAUUAGAUAAAGCUAAAAAAAAGACUGUAGUUGGAUAUUUGAGGGGAAAAGAGUUGGGUAAAUUAUCCAAUUUAUGUAGCUAUUGAGUGAUAACAACCACUUGUCGAUUUCCUUACUGAACAAACAUUUCAUUUAGAAACUCAAAUUUAUCAGCUUUCAAGUGCAACUUAAAGGAGUGGGGCAUAGUUGGGUGUGAUGUUGGAUUUAUGUGAGGUAUAUUAUAAGCUUGCACUGCCUACAGAGCAUAUAAUGCCUAAUACUAGCAAGGGCACCUUGCAAUGUCAGUUUUCCAAAGUUCAAUAAAACCAUGGGACUAUACUAUAA